AUUUUUAGUUGUAAUAAUUAAAAGCUGAAGAAGAAAAAGACUACAAUUUUUGUAAUGAUUCGUCGAGAAGUGAGAUUACGAAAAGAAUAUCUGUAUCGCAAAUCUCUCCAAGAUCAGCGCAGAGUUAUUCAGGAGAAAAAACAAAAGCUCAAAUAUGCUUUGGAUGAAGGCAAACCUAUUCCGACAGAACUUCGAAAAGAUGAAAAUGAACUAAGAAAGUUGAUCGCAUUUGACGACCAAAAAAAUUCAGCUGUCUCUGAUCACAUGGAUGAUGAAUACAGAUGGGCAGGUGUGGAAGAUCCCAAGAUCAUGGUAACCACGUCACAUAACCCGAGUUCAAGAUUAAAACAAUUUGCAAAGGAAAUGAAAUUAAUUUUGCCGAACAGUCAAAGAUUGAAUCGUGGCAACUACAUUUUAUCGCAACUGGUUUCUGCAUGCAAAGCGAAUGAUGUGACUGAUCUAGUUCUUCUGCAUGAACACAGAGGAGAACCAGAUGGGAUGAUUAUCACCCACUUGCCAUUUGGACCGACGGCCUACUUUUCACUGUCAAAUACCGUCAUGCGACACGACAUACCCGAUGUCGGAAAAAUGUCGGAAGCAUUUCCACAUCUUAUUUUUCAUAACUUUAAAUCGAAGCUUGGUGAGAGAGUUGAAAACAUUUUAAAAUAUAUCUUUCCUGUUCCAAAAGAUGAGUCGCGAAGAGUGAUCACGUUUGCGAAUCAGAACGAUUACAUCUCGUUCCGGCACCACACGUAUCAAAAGGGAGAGGGAAGAGAAAUCUUAUUAUCGGAAGUUGGACCACGGUUUGAGAUGAAACUACACGAAAUAAAACUGGGCACAAUCGAUCAAACGGAAGCUGACACGGAAUGGAAACUAAAGCCGUACAUGAACACGUCACUGAAACGAAAGCAUUUGAGCAACGAGGAAAAAGAGAACUAGUGUAAUUCAACUUUCUACGAAGUACUUGGUAGACCUACGGUUGCAAUUUUCCGUCUUUGAGAUCAAAAAUUUUUCAAAAAAUGUGAGAUUAUCCUGCCUGUGAAUUGAUAGAAGACUUGAAGAGGAUUGUUAGUACUGUUGUGACUGAACAAGCUGUGUUAUGUAUUUUUUAUCAUGUAUAUCAGCCAUUCAUUUGGUGCAGCCAGUGGACAAA